UUAACAAUUAGAUUGAGCAACGCAUUAUCUAAUUCGGUUAUAUUUUCGUUUUCAUUGCGUUGAUUGAUUAUUAGUAUACUUUAGAAUUCUACUCGAAUUAUUAUUAUUACUACUGCUAAUAAUAAUAAGAAUAAUAAUUACUGUGCUCAUACACAUUAUACAUUACACAUAGAAACUAAAAAAAUUUCACCUCAGAUCAUACAGACUAUCUUGGCUGAACAUUCAACAGUAUUUAUCUUCUUUAUGUCAAAGUUGAUUUAGAGAACAGAAAUUGACAUUACUGUUAUUAUUUCGUUAUACUUGUUUAGAAGUAUAUAUUUUGAUUGCUAUCUCUCUCUCUCUGUGUGUAUGUGUGUGUAAAUCUAUUCACCUAUACAUGUACCCUUACACAUUUCUAUGAGUAUAUAAAUAAACAUAUUUAUUAUAAUAUAAACAUUUAUAGUUCAUUGAAGAUGAGGAAAUUUCAAAUUUGUUUUGUUCCUCCUCUAUAAUCAUUGAAGAAAUCUACUUCAACAAUUUUCAAAAGACAACAAACAAACAAACAAACAAAAACUUUAUCUUUGAAUCAUUUAUUGUGUAAUUUUUGAAAACUACCAAGUUUAUCCUUUUAAUCUGAAAACAAUACACACGAAAUCUAAAACAUUAAAACAACAAUAUCUGUCAACUGAAUUAAUGCCUUUUUGGUGACCUCAAAUUAUUGAGAUUAUAAUAGUCAUUCAACGUUUCUCAAUCACAACACAAUACAAUGACUAGUCAAGCUGGUAUUGAAACAGUUCAGUUGUCGGAUUAUCUCAAAAAUCUUGAAAAUGCAUGUGAAACACCAAUUUUUGGUUAUACCCAUCAAAGUUUGGAAGAUGAAAUGGCUAGACAACAGACAAUUGAAGGAUCAUCAAAAUGGAUAAGAGAAAGUGUAACUAGUUCGAAUCAUGAUAUUUUGAAUCAAAUCAGCUAUAUAACAGAACGAGUUGAAACGAAUAAAGAUUGUUUACAUUAUUUAGCUGGAAUUACAAGUAUGGAAGAUAUUUAUUCGGAUGUUUCAGCAUUCAAUGCUAAACGUGCAUUAAGACUUAUCAUGGAAAAUCUUGAUAAUAAAUUUUGGAGAAGAAAAUUAUCUGGACCUAUUAAUCGAUGCUGGCAAAAUCUUGGUCGAUAUUCAGAAUUAGCAACUAUACAUCUUAAAAAUGCUGCCGAUUUUCAUCAG